CCGUUUAUGCCAUUGCGGGAUGUGUUUGAGAGCAGUUUUGACAGCGAUAUUGACCUAGUUGGUAGAACAAAAGAAACGACAGAUCACCUGAAGGCUCGCGUCGUCGAGCAUGAUUGCGAGGAUAUGGUAGAGAAGUGCCGUGUUGCGUUAAAAAUUCGUGAAGAAGCAGUACGAAAAGCACGAGAAAACGCCCUCCGUAGCGAAUUCGUAACUGUCUCACCUUCUAUCAACUCGGAUCCAAUGAAGAAACGUCGAGAAACGGAGAAGAAAAAACGAAUUGAGGAAGAGGCUAUCAUUAAGAAAGCCGAAGCAGAGAAGCAACUCGCCAUCAGCAUGGCUGAGCUGCGACGUAAAAGGAAAGAGCUCGAAAGCGCAAAGGAGCGAAUUGUUGAGAAACUCCGAGAGUUGGUGUUCCAGUGCGAUCAAACGACCAAAGCGUGUGCAUCGCAUUAUUUUAAGGUCAGUCUCUUUAGUGCUUAA